AUGUUGGGAGUUAAUAACCAUGGUCAAACAAUUGUCCUAGCAUGCGCAUUUUUGAGCAAGGAAACGACUGAGUCGUUUAUUUGGAUGUUUGAGGAGUUUAAGAAAGCCAUGCCAGGUGGCGAACCUAAAACGAUCAUCACAGAUCAAGAUGCGGCAAUGAGCAGAGCGAUUUCAAUAGCCUUCCCGACUACAUUUCAUCGACUUUGCAUAUGGCACAUCACAUCAAAGUUCUCUGUUAAGUUACCACAUUCUGCUUAUAAGGAGUAUUGGGGUGAAUUCCAGAAAGCCAUAUGGGAUACUGACAAUAAGGAUGAGUUUGAUGCAAAAUGGAAUAUUGUGGUUACAAAGGCUGGUUUGACUGACCAUCCAUGGCUAAGUUCAAUGUUUGAUUUAAGGGAAUCUUGGGUUCCAGCCUACGCACGACACUUUUUUGCCGCUGGAAUGUCAAGCAGCCAAAGAGCUGAAUGUUCUCAUGGUUUCUUCAAGCAAUACAUAUCAAGGAAAAAUUCGUUGAUGGAUUUCAUAAUAAGAUUUGAGAGGGCACUUUCUCAUCAACGUCAAAAAGAGUUAGUUGCUGAUCACGUAGAUGCAUUUGAAGUGGCUCAAUGUAUUCUACCGAUGCCAAUGAACAAACAAAUGGCUACCUUGUACACAAGGACAAUGUUUCAAAAGUUUGAGCAAGAACUAAUACAAAGUACAGCAUGUUUCCUAGAGCUGAAAACAGAGGAUGCUUCUAAAGUUGUCUUUAAUGUGAGCGAAAGGAAAAAUUGGGAAACAAGAGUGGCAGAAGUCAGGUGGAAGAAAACUGCGAAAUUUGGAUUGGUGUCAGAUGCAAAUGGCAACGAAAUUAAAGACUCUGCAGAUCCUGGUCUUUUAAUAAAGCGGAGUACAAUGUCCCGACUUGCUUCAGAUGUGGUGAAGUUGAAGUUGUUGAAGGAUGGACCAAGUAAUAACGAAGUUGGAGGGUCCAGCUCUCAAACACAAUAUAUGAAAGACCCUAAGAGAGUAAGGUGCAAUGGAGGGUCGAAACGAGUAACGGGAGCAAAGGAAAGGCAAUGA